GCGGAAGUCUCGUGGUCGCACGCAUGUGACGUCACGCGGAACGCAGUGACUGUUUGUUGAUUUUUCGAGUUGCUCAGAACGGCGUUAUUUUUACCGAUAGUAUUUAUUUAUGAUUUCAACCAUGUUUGCCAGGCAGUGAACGUGCUGUUUAUGCCGCUGCGCUGUAAAGACGUCAAAGAGCGGAGCGCGAGCGGCUGGUCAUCUUCAGGAUUCCAGUAUUUUCAGGACUGGUCUUGUAUGGUGUGUGAGUCCGUGUGGGGUCGGCUGUGAUGGCUAUCCUGUUUGCGGUGGUGGCUCGAGGGUCCACUGUUCUGGCUAAACACGCCUGCUUCUCCGGAAACUUUCUGGAGGUGACGGAACAGAUCCUGGCCAGAAUCCCGUCGGAGAACAACAAGCUGACGUAUUCCCACGGCAGCUAUCUCUUCCACUACAUCUGCCACGAGAGGAUCGUCUACCUGUGCAUCACCGAUGACGAGUUUGAGCGCUCGCGUGCCUUCGGUUUCCUCAGCGAGGUGAAGAAGCGCUUCCAGACCACCUAUGGCUCACGAGCUCAGACCGCGCUGCCCUACGCCAUGAACAGUGAGUUCUCCAGCACGCUGGCUGCACAGAUGAAACACCACUCGGAUCCCAAAGGCUCGGACAGACUGACAGAAACACAGAUGCACGUGGACGACUUGAAAGGCAUUAUGGUCCGGAACAUCGAUCUCGUCGCUCAGAGAGGAGAGAGACUCGAGCUGCUCAUCGAUAAAACUGAGAACCUGAUGGAUUCUUCCGUCACCUUUAAAACUACGAGCCGUAACCUGGCCCACGCCAUGUGUAUGAAGAACCUGAAGUUAACCGUCAUUGUUGUAAUAGUGGUGCUGGUGGUGCUGUAUUUUAUCGUGACGGCUGCCUGCGGAGGACUCAGCUGGCCCAACUGUCGGAAGCAGUAGAAAACCUCUGAUUCUCUCUCGCACAGGGUAAAGCUGGGCUGGAACGACUCAAGGCUGAGUAAAUGAGUACAGGACUUUUCUUGUUUUGGGUGAACUAUUCAAGCCGGUGGUUACUAACACGGUCCGUGUCUUAAAGCAGAAGAGCUUCAGGAGAAAUUAUGAAAUAGAAAUGGAUGAGUUUUAAGAGUAACGACCUGGCACUUGUGUUUGAAUUAGGUUUGCUUACAGCAGUCAUGAUAUGUAUGUAAUCAAUCACAUUUAUAGUUAUCAUACAGAAGGGAACUCUAUAGUUCCUUGCUCUUACUAAAUGUAUUUUCUACAGAAUGAACUAAUGUCAGUCACUAAGAUGGUGAUUGAUUGAUUAUUGAGUAACAUAUAGUCAUUUGUCUGCAUUACAGUAGUCGUGUGAUGUUCACACAGCGCAGAGCUAAUUGAAUUCAAAACCUGAAUCUCGCAAAACCUGUCAAUGUUUCAGCUCAAAACAAAGAGCAAGUUGUAUUGUGCGUAAAGAAAAUGAAGCUGAUUUUAAGAUCAAUUUUGGGCCUGUUAUUUUGCAUUGACAUAUUCAGCACAUUUUCCUAAAAUUAUUACAUGGAAAAGAAAGCAAGAAUUAUGUAGAAUCUUCUAAUUCUCACGAACAAUACAACAGUUAAACAGAAUAGUAAAAUAACAUGUCUAGAAAACAGAAUAUACAGCUAUAUAGAGCGACAUCCAAGUAUAGAGUGUAAUAUGCAGAAGUGGUAAUGUACAGACAGUGUGAAUACAUUUGAAUUAACAAUGUAUUUAAGAUUAAAGUGCUGUGAAAUGGUUUGUACGCACCAUAAAAAAGUGGUUUAGUUUUUUCCCCCCCACAUAUUGAGACGUACCAAUGACACUUGGAAUGUACAUUUUGUAAUGAUGUGUACAGCUUAAAUAACCAAAAAUGCCCAUAUCUUGUGUGGAAAAAGUUAGAAAUGCUA